GAAUCGAAAUUUCAUUCGUUAGGUAUUUGAGAAACGUUAUAGCACAAAUUGAACAAAAAAUUUGAAUAUAUCCGCUAAAAAUAGUCCGAGGGGCAAAAUGUAAGUAAUUUUUCAUUUAUUUAGUUUAUUUAACAUGUGAUAUAAUUAUAACUAAUAAUUUAAGGACCAAUGUAAACAAAAUAAAUAUGCGUCAAAAAAAUUUGAUGAGUGACUUUAUGCUACAGCAUCAGGACUUGGCAAAAAAUAUUUUGCCUAAUUGUGGGCAAGGCAAAGUUGCAGCAAAUAAGCUAUGGGAGGCGUUGACUUUAAAACUGAACGCUGCCGGGCCACCGAUGAAAGAUGCUAAAUCUUGGCGAAAAGUAUUUGCUGACCAGAAGCACAACAUAAAAAAGAAAAUUUCUUUCAACAAAGCCUCAAAACAAAGGACUGGUGGUGGUCCGUACGAGGAAAAGCUAUUAACUGCAGCAGAAGAGCAACUCCUCCAAGCUACGGGGAUAGAUGUUGCUGUAGAAGGGUUGACUGUAGUAAAAUCUUUUGGAAAUGUAGAGCCCGAAGAAGGAUUAAAUGAGUUGGUAGAAAUGAUUUUAGAUAGCGAGGAAGAAGAUCCGACUCCAUCCACCAGUCGCAGUGCGACAAAGUCAUGUAAAGCGAAGCCCACUGUCGAAAGUGAAAAGCUUUCUCUUUUAAAAUGCAAUUUACGCGCAUAUGAAGUAACGCAAGCGCAAAUAAAUAAUAAUAUUGAGAAACUACUUGCGCUAAAGCAGAGAUCUCUCCAAAUAAAAGAAGAGGCACAUGCUGCAGAUAUGAAAAUAAAAGCUAUAGAGUUGGAGAUUAAAACUCAUGAGCUUGAUAUUUUAAAGAGAAAAAUCCAUAAAUAAAUACCAAUAUAUAAGAUAUGUUAAUUCCAAGU